UUUAAGGGACAUAGGUAGUUAUUACAUUUUAAUGGUUUAGUCAAAAGUAAUUUAUACAUUACCAACUUUAGAAUGUAAAUAUAAAAUAGGUACCUGAAUGGCUGAAUGUGAAGGUUACCCUACGCAUUUUCCACAUGUAAUGAUCACUAAUUAUUAAUAUAAGUAUAUUUUAUAUCUAAUACACUAGCGGCGGACUAGGUAAUACCCAAUACACACUUCAAAUAUGAUUCUAUCACGUUUAAAACCAGCGGUAGAACAGCAAUCAGAGAAAACUAAACCGACAAAUCAUAAGAUAACCGCUAAGGAUUUCAUCGAGAAAAGGGACUACACUGGUGCUUUAACUAUUUUAAAAUUUGAUAUAGAAAAAUCAAAAGAAGAUGUGGAAUUAGAACUAUGGAUAGCGUAUUGUUAUUUUCAUUUAGGUGAUUAUAACAACGCGAUGUUGAUUUACAAAAAUCAUUGCAAAAAUUCAGGAAUAAAACAUUUGUUUGUCAAUUUGGCAUGUUGCUAUUUUUAUUUAGGCAUGUACCCAGAGGCUGAAGAUGUAUUAGACAAAUCCGAUAUCUCCGACGUAAAAAUUCGAUUGCAAUUUCAUUUGUCACAUAAACAAGGUGACGAAAAAAAGCUCAUGGAGUAUCAUGAACUUUUAGCAGAUGUGGUUGAAGAUCAAUUAUCAUUAGCAGCUAUACAUUAUCUUAGAUCACAUUAUCAAGAAGCUAUUGAUAUAUAUAAAAAGUUAAUGAUCAACAAUCGAAAUUUUUUGGCGCUGAAUGUUUAUAUGGCUCUUUGUUAUUAUAAAUUAGACUUUUAUGAUGUCUCUCAAGAAAUUUUAGAUGUUUAUAUCAAAAAAUAUCCAGAUUCUAUGAUAUUAACUAAUUUGAAAGCUUGCAAUUUGUAUAAAUUAUACGAUGGUAAAGCUGCCGAAUCGGAAUUAAAAAAUAUUAUCGCGAGAAGAUCAUCAACAUUUAAGUUUUGUGAAGAUUUGAUUAAACACAACAUGGUUGUUUUUCGUGAAGGAGAAGGUGCUUUACAAGUUUUGCCAGCUCUUGUUGAUAUUCUCCCAGAAGCCCGUCUUAAUUUAGUAAUUUAUUAUUUAAGACAAGGCGAGAAUGAAGAAGCCUACGAGUUAAUCAAAGAUUUGGAACCGGCUAUUCCUCAAGAAUAUAUCUUAAAAGCUAUUGUUAACGUAGUUGUUGGUCAAGAAAAAGGAGAUACUAAGCAAAUUGAUAGUGGACAGAGUUUAUUUAAUAUGGUAGGAAGUAGUUCCAGUGAAUGUGACACAAUACCAGGCCGACAAUGCAUGGCUUCCUCUUUAUUUUUAGAAGGGCGUUAUGACGAAGUUAGCUUAUAUCUAAGUUCAAUAAAGAGCUAUUUCUCAAAUGACGAUAGUUUUAAUUUUAAUUUUGCUCAGGUUAAAUUAUCACUAGGUGAGUACAAGGAAGCAGAAGAAAUGUAUUUACAAGUAAAAAGCAACAAAAUACGUGAUAGUUUUAUUUACAUAAACCAUUUAACACAUUGUUUUAUUAUGAAUAAAAAGCCGCAGUCAGCUUGGGAUUUAUAUUUGAAAAUUGAAAAUUCACAAGAUUCAUUGAUAAUAUUGCAGUCGAUUGCAAACGAUUGUUAUAAAACUAAUCAGUUUUGGCAAUCAGCAAAAGCAUUUGAUAUGCUCGAAAGAUUAGAUUUGUUACCUGAAUAUUGGGAGGGAAAACGUGGUGCUUGUGCUGGCAUAUUUCAGCAAAUUGUGCUUGGCAAUCAACCACAGGAUCAGAUAGCUGAUGUCAUACAUUUAUUAAGAAAUUCAGCAAAUUCUCAAGUUGAACAAAUGAUUAAAAUGAUGAAGAAAUGGGCGAAAAAUAACAAAAUUGUUGUUUAGAUUUAUCUGUUAAAGCCUAUAUAAAUAGUUAUUUAGACUUAAACAGAUAGGAACCAAAAAACUUUUACACUAUUAACUUCACAACCUUGUUAUUUUAUUGCUAUAUUGCCAUAUAAUACCUACUAUUUGUCACUUAUAAGUUAUAACUCCGGUAGAGACAGGAUUUUUAUGUUUUACAUAUAUUUACUGAGAGUGCAGCUUCAAUUGUAUAAGCUUUAUCGGCGAUUGAUUUUCGUAUGAACUAUAGGUACAAAAUAUUUUAGUGCAUAAAAAAGUAUAUUUCAAGGUUAAAGAAUGUUUUGUGCAAAAUUAUAUGUUUUAGGAAUAUAUUGCCAUAUUGGGGUUUAAUUUGAGCAUUUUACAAAAAAUGUAAUGGUUGAUAAAAAAAUGCAAAAAUAUUUUUGACAUCGUUCAGUUUCUAUAUAUCCUUAUCAAGACGAAAAUACAUAAAGCAGCAAUAUUGAUAAGAAAAUACUCUGUUCAAGUUAAGUUAAAUUAAUUAAUUAAGAGUUCAACCUCUCCUCAGAAACUUUUUUUUAGUUAAUGAAUUUCAUUUAUGAAACUAAAUUAAUUAUAUUAAUUUACCAUAUGUCCUGCAACACACCUCCUUGGUGAUAUGAACUAAGUGUCCAAGUGACUGUCGAUAUGUAUACCUAAUCCUACCCAGUUAAGGAGUAGAUGGUUGGCUAUUCCUUCUACACGAACCGGUCUUGAGAACCGGGUUGUUGGACUGAUAUAAAUAAAGUUGUCUAAGUUAUAUUUUACAGGUCCUAGAAACUUGUGAUCUGCGUUCAUAAACUAACACAAUCGAACACGACUUAGCAACGUAUACAAUAAUUUAUUAAAUAUCUAAAAUAGUUACCUAUAGUAUAGUAUAUUAUUAUUCGCAGUAGGUACUAGGUACACUAAACCUGAGUAACCUUGUUGUUGAGGGUAGUUUAUUGAAGAUCACAGGAGUAGCGGAGUACGAGUUGAAGCAAUAUUGAUUUAUUAUGAUUAACAUAUUGUAGAUAAUAUGAUCGCAGACUGAUAUAGUCUCUACUUCACGAUUCUAACUCGACUGACUGGCUAUAUGCAAAUAAUGUAUAGGCUCGUACUCAGAGUUCUUGUGUUCUGUCUAUCUAAGCAAAUUCGCCGAGUGCGACAUAUAAUUACAUAAAUGACGAGUCAGUAAUCUGUGAAUCGUUACAGUCCCUAAUAAUAUGAUAACUGCAGUUAUGCAUGUACGCUAUAUUAUAUGUUUCUAUUGUUAUACAAAAACACUUAUACCUUAUGGCUUAUACAGUUAUAUACAUUUUACAUUAUAUUUAAUUAUAUAAAUAUAUAAUCGUGCGAAUACAAAUUUUGUUGGCAUUUGCUAUAAGCCUAUAUCAGCUAUAAAUAUAAAAAAAUAUGUAGGUAAAAAACGUUUAAUCGACGGAUGACGAUAACUUA